AUGCCUACUCCCACUCAGCAGAAGGCUCUUUUUCUCCUAGAGAAGCAGGGUCAGUUUGCCGUCCGCGAUCGUAACGUCCCUACUCCGAACCGGGGAGAGCUCCUCAUCAAGAAUGAGUCUGUUGGCCUCAAUCCGAUCGACUGGAAGAUCCAGCAAUACGGCAUGUUCCUCGAUACUUAUCCCGCCAUCAUAGGGGCGGAAGGCGCUGGAACGAUUGAAGCCGUGGGGGAGGGAGUCACCGAAUUCAAGAAGGGCGAUCAGGUGUUGUACAAAGCGGUCCCCGUGAUCAAUAACAGGGCAGCGUACCAGCAGUACACGCUGACCGACCCAACAUCAGUCGUGAAGCUUGGCGAGGGAAUUUCCUUGGAUGCGGCGGCAACCCUCCCGACUGCGCUUGUGACCGCUUCUGUCGGCCUGUACAGCCAACCUGGUGGUGGCCAGUACGUGCCACCGUGGGCCGAGGGUGGAAAGGGCAAGUACGCUAGCCAGCCGCUCGUGAUCAUUGGCGGUGCAACCGUCGUUGGCUCCGCAGCCAUCCAGCUUGGCAAGCUCUCCGGCUUCUCGCCCAUUGUCACGACUGCCUCGCUUAAGAACGCCGCCCUCCUUCGGUCUUACGGCGCGACGCACGUCCUCGACCGCAACCUCUCUGCGGAUGCUUUGCGUGCGGAGGUCAAGAAGAUCAUCGGUGGCUCCCCUUCCUUCGUCUAUGAUGCCGUCUCGCUUCCGGAGACACAGGCUGCUGCAUACGGGCUCCUUGCGCCCGGCGGCAGGCUGCUCGUCAUCCUUCCCGAGACCGUGAAGGAGACGACGGAGAGCCGGACGGUCACGACGAUGUCAGCCGGCGUCCGCCUUCAGCAGGACCCUCAGUUUGGGGUGGACCUGUUCAAAGUGAUCCCGAUCCUGCUUAGAUCGGGUGAAAUCAAGCCGCUCAACGUAGAGGUAAUUCCUGGAGGCUUGGUGGGGAUUGUCUCUGGCCUAGAGAAGUUGAAGAACAACCAAGUCAGCGCGGCUAAGCUUAUUGUCCACCCUCAGGAGACCGCGUGA